AAUGGUUUGAAUGCUCUCCAUUUGGCUUCAAAAGAAGGCCAUGCAGACGUUGUACGUGUAUUAAUUGAACGGGGCGCAAGACCGAAUACUGCCACAAAAAAGGGAAAUACAGCUUUACAUAUUGCAAGUUUAGCUGGUCAAUUUGAAGUAGUCAAAUUGUUAUUAGAAGCUGGAGCUGAAGUGAAUGUUCAGGCUCAGGUUAGUUUAUAA